AUGAAGUUCUCCUCCAUUGUCUGUGCUCUCACAGCUGCUGUCUCUGUUAUCGCUGCUCCAGUCUCUUCUGGUAGCAACAACACCAACAAGACCAUUUUGCUUACCAAUGACGAUGGUUGGGCUUCCACCAACAUCCGUGCCACUUACAAGAACUUGAAGAAUGCCGGUUACGAGGUCAUCAUGGUCGCUCCAGUCUCUCAAAGAUCUGGUUUCGGAGGUCAAUUCCUCUUGCCAACCACCAAGAACUUGACCACUGGUGGUGAGUUCAACUACCCACCAGCUGGUUCUCCAUCUUGGGACCACGAGAAGGACGACAUGAACAUCUGGUACUUCAACGGUACCCCAUCCUCCUGUGUUGCCUUCGCUUUGAACUACAUUAUGCCAAAAUACUACAACAACAAGACCGUCGACUUGGUUGUCUCCGGUCCUAACGAGGGUACCAACAUGUCUCCAGGUUUGUACACCUUGUCCGGAACCAUGGGUGCUACUUACAGUGCUGUUAACAGAGGUAUCCCAGCUAUCGCUUUCUCUGGCUCCAACUCCAACAACUCUUUCUACAAGGAUGACGUCUCUAAGGAGAACGACAAGACCUUCACCCCUAACAUCUUGGCCAAGAAGGUUGUUCAAUUGGUCGAUGCUUUGUUCGCUUCUUACCACAACCACCCUAACAUGUUGCCAGUUACCACCGGUCUCAACGUUAACUUCGGCCCAGUCGGUGCUGACUGCAUGGACCCAGAGUACGUUUUCACUCGUUUGGACGGUCCUGACUCUAUGACUCCAUCUUUGGCCAUGAACCAGACCACCGGCUUGCCAGUCUGGUCAUUUGGUUACUACCCCGCUACUUUCACUUGUGUCUUUGGUGACUGCGACUUGCCAUCCGAGGCUUGGCUCAUCACCGAGAAGACUUGUAAGGCUUCUGUCUCUCUCUUCUCCAUUGACUACGACGCUGACUACAAGCAGGCUUCCCGUGUCCAAAGUUACUUGGCUCCAGUCUUGAACUAA